AUGGAGGAUCUCAGGAAAUUCUUUCUAUCACUCGAUCUUAAAGAGGCUGCUAAGGUGGGUUUGUUAGAUUCCAGACAUGUGGUAAUUACCCUGGGGAAUAAGGCAGAUUUUCAUCGGAUUUGGGCUAGAGGUAUAUGGUAUGUAUAUGGCACUCCAAUGCGUGUCUUUAAAUGGUCUCCUGCAUUCCAUGUGGACAAGGAGCCUUCUGUGGUUCCAGUUUGGUUUAAAUUACCAAAAUUGCCGCUGCAUUACUUUAACAAAGAAUGCUUAUUCCAGAUUGUGAACGUGUUGGGGAGCCCAUUGUUUGUUGAUGCUGCAACCAUGGCGGCUUCAAGGCCGAGCGUUGCUAGGGUCUGUGUAGAAAUAGAUUUGUUAAAACCGCUUACUCUCAGGGUGUGGAUUGGUAAUGGUGAUCAUGAAGGUUUCUGGCAAGCUUUAAUUCUGGAAAAUAUGCCUAAGUAUUGUUCUCAUUGCUUUAGGCAGGGACAUACCCAGAAUGAAUGUCAUGUGCUUUAUCCGGAUCUCAGAACUGAGAGGCCGUUAAUCUCCAAGAGAACUGAAGGCAAUAUGAAAUUUCAACCGCGAUCUUCGCCUGUCCUGGGCUCUGUCGGUGAUGAUCAACCUGGGGAAGGCUUGGAUCAUAACAUCAUUGAUAAGGUAGAUGAUUCCAAGGAGGACGAGGUGGAUGUUGUUGAUAAGGAGGGGCUUUCGGUAGAUCCCAAAGUCAAGGCUCUUGAUGAAGAAUGCGCUGCUGAUGGAGACUGUCCUAAAAUUUGCAUUGACUUAUCUACAGAACAUGCUACUGGUGCAUGUUCUGUUAAUCAAGCGGUGGUGCAUCAGCCUGCACAUGAAGAGUUGGGAGAUAAGAUUCUAGACAAGCAAAUAGAAAAUUUGGAAUUGCUGCCUGGUAGAAAUGCCGUGCAGCCCUGUUCUGCAGACGAGCCGGAUCAGUGUUUAGAGCAGCAGGCCGUUGUCCCAAGUCGCGUAGAUGAGGGACUGACCGAUGGCGAAUUUGUAUCGGGGGGAGAAGAUGAGUUGGAUGAAGAUAUACCUCCUCGUGGUGUGGUGGACGAUUUGCAGGUUACGAGCUCAUCUGCGGUUGCUGAUAUUUUUAAUCUCGAUCCUAUCAUUCAACAAGUCGAUGUUAAGCUCCAGCAUAAGGAAGGUUUUCAAGUGGUGUCGCAUGGCAAGCAGAAAGGAGUUCGGGUUCAAUUUAAAUCUGAUCGUUCGUUGAGAUCCAAAGCUAAGGCUUCCUCGAAUUCCUUUUCUGCUUUGUCUCAAUGA